AUGGAAUCAUUCCAGCAGAUGGUACCUGAAACGGUAUCCAUGUCUCACCCAAAAGAGCAAUCACUUCGUCAUCCAUAUCUUAUCGGUAAUUUUGCACCAAUUCACAAAACUCUCAAUCUUACACCAUGCACUUAUAGUGGAUGCAUCCCUCCAGAACUCACUGGGGGACAAUAUGUCCGCAAUGGAGGCAACCCAGUUAGCCAUGAAGACCUUGGUAGAGAUGCACAUUGGUUUGAUGGCGACGGUAUGCUAUCGGGUGUCUUGUUCAGAAAGGGACUUUCUGACGGUCAGAUCGUUCCCGAGUUUGUGAAUCAGUACAUCCUCACAGACUUGUACUUAUCUCGAAAGACGACGUCGGUCAUGUCACCUAUUAUGCCAAGUAUCACUACGCUUGUCAACCCUCUAUCAUCACUACUAAAGAUCAUGCUCGCGACAUUCAGGACAAUGUUUCUGGUAUUUCUUUCAAAUCUUCCUGGAUCACAACAAGUUCUGAAGCGUACUAGCGUCGCCAACACGGCCAUUCUAUACCACGAUGGUCGAGCGUUGGCGACGUGUGAGAGUGGUCCACCCAUGCGCAUUCAUCUUCCUUCUCUGGACACUGUUGGCUGGUACAAUGGUGUUCAAGCUGAAGGCGAGUCUGAACAAACCCCUUCGGAGAACAGGAUCCAGCCUUUUGGAGGUGAUGGUCUGUUCAAGUCGAUGAGGGAGUGGACAACAGGACAUCCCAAGGUUGACCCUAUUUCUGGAGAAAUGAUACUCUAUCACAACACUUUUAUACAGCCUUAUGUGCAUUACUCAGUACUUCCCAAAACCGCCGUCCAAGCACCAACUACGAACAGACUUGUCAACCAAGCUGUCCCAGGUGUAUCUGGAGCUAGAAUGAUGCAUGACUUUGGAGCAUCACGUGUCCAUACCAUCAUAAUGGAUCUCCCAUUGACCCUGGGUCCUAUGAACCUGGCUGUGAACAAAGAGGUGGUGUCUUAUGACCCUUCAAAACCUUCGCGCUUUGGCGUGUUCCCACGUCAUGAACCAUUCAAUGUGCGGUGGUUCCAAACAGCACCUUGCUGUAUCUUUCACACUGCAAACUCAUGGGACACAAGGUCUGUCAACGGUGCUAGCUCUGUAAAUCUCUUAGCCUGUCGCAUGACGUCUUCUACAGUCGUGUACACAGCUGGGAAUAUCAUGCCUCCAGCGAAACCCAAGCAUUCCAACACCAGAUCUUCUCAUGUGACAGAGAAUGUCGGCCAAUGGGAUGAAAAGGAUAUACGACGUUUUGAGGCGGCGCCGAUGUUGGAGUCUCCUACUGAGAAGGUGCAUGGUGGUGAUUACUUUUCUCCCAGCGACGAGGCAGAUGACUACAGCCAGUGCCGGCUAUACUAUUAUGAGUUUGACAUGUCCACGAUAUCUACGAAUAAAGUCAUCAACCAAUGGGCUCUCUCAACCAUCCCGUUCGAAUUCCCAUCCGUCCGUCUAGACUGCGAGAUGCAAGAUGCUCGCUACAUCUAUGGCUGCAGCACCUCCACGUCCUGCUUUGGCGUUGCACUAGGUCGAGCAGACAAGGUUGAUCUCCUUGUCAAGAUGGAUGCAAAGACACUCAUCGAGCGAGGCAAGAAGAUGAACACAAGGCCAGUAACAGGUUGUGUUGAUAGGCGAUCUGCUCAAGAGAUUCUCGAUUCGCAAGAUGCCAAGGACCCCAUCAAGAUCUUCCGCCUGCCGCCAAGGCACUUUGCACAGGAGCCGCGCUUCGUUCCUCGUUCUGGUUCUACUAAAGAGGACGCUGGCUAUCUGCUCUUCUAUGUCUUCGACGAAUCUCAGAUACUGCCUAAUGGUGACUGUCCGCCUUCUUCCGCGUCGGAACUCUGGAUUCUUGAUGCCCAGAAUAUGCGCGAUGUCAUCGCAAAGGUUAAGCUUCCACAGCGAGUGCCCUAUGGCCUUCACGGAACUUGGUUCUCGGCCAAGGACAUCGAGGAGCAACGGGCAGUAGAUUCAUAUAGAAGUUUGGAGGCUGUGCAGAGGAAGAAAGAGGCAUGGGUAAAUGCUGGAGGGAGUAUUGCGAGGUCAUGGAUGGGUGUCAGGGAGAAGUUGGAAAGAGCUGUGGGAUGA